GGUCCGGGUGUAUCGAUUGGCGCGAAUGUUAAGAUUGGUGCAGGUGUGCGGAUCAAGGAUGCAAUUGUCUUGGACAAUGUCGAUGUCAAGGCACACGCCUGUAUCUUGCACUCCAUUAUCGGCACAGACUCGCGUGUCGGUGCUUGGGCGCGUGUCGAGGGUACACCGACGGCUUCUGGUCAACACAACACCACCGUCCUCAAAAAUGGCGUCAAAGUGCAGUCCAUCACAGUGGUGGCAAAUAAUGUCGUUGUGGGUGAUGAAAUCCGGCUGCAAAACUGUAUUGUCUUGCCGCAAAAGGAACUCAAAGGUCGUAACUACACGUCUGAGGUGAUCAUGUAGAGAAACUGUAUAGAUGUGGAUUGUGACUGCCGUUCUUGCACAACCCUUCCAACCACUUUUAUUGACAUCUGUAUUGACCAUCCCCUUGAAGCUAUAUCUAUGUUGCUAUGAUCACCCGGAAACGCUCCAAGUUUCUUGCGGCUGUCUUUGUGCUUAUUGCACUCAUUCUCUUGGCUUUUCGGAGUCAGUCUGCCUUUCAGGGUGAUGCCUUUGUUUACUUUACCUUUCAAGAAGAUGAACUUUGUACAGAGGACUCUGGCUCUUGUGACGCCAGCUACGAUGAGACCCUCGAGGAAGCUACUGCAAUCGUGUCAAAAAUAGCUCUUGAUUCUCCACGAGGCACGAUCCAAACCCGUACAGGUCCAGCCAAAAUCGUGUAUCCUUCAGGCUACGAGCGUUUCGGCCUCAAGAGUCCCGCAGAUGAGGCAACCAUAGUGAAACAUGCCGAGGCGACGACGACACCCGUCUUGGUUGCUUCAACACUGGCACAGCAGCUAGAAGAAUGGGUACCGUAUAUUGCACAAGAGCCCAUCAACAAAGUCAUCUGGCAGACUUGGCAUGAUGACCCUGGACCCUUAUCGAUCCCUUUUGCUUCUUGGCGAGAUAGGCAUCAAGAGAAGGAUUCCUUCAAGCGAUACUUUGUGAGUGAUGCAGAGACGGAGCAGCUCAUGACGCGAUUAUCGAGAGACUUGCCUGUUUUAAAGACAACGUACGAUUCACUACCUAGAAUCAUGCAGCUUGACUAUCUGCGUACAGCUGCAUUGUUCAAGGAUGGUGGAGUGUAUGCGGACUUUGAUACGAUGUGUUACCAGCCUGUUGAAAGCUGGCUCAAGCUGUGUGGGGACGAGAAACACACACCUGGGUUUGCAGUGGGCAUUGACAUGGACCUUGAAGGUGAUUUGAACUUUGAUCAAGUGGAUGGUCGUCAGUUGUUACUCUCAGAUUACAUCUGGGUGGCGAGAAAGGGACAUCCCAUCCUCAGAGACUUAUUGAGAGACAUGACAAUCGAUUCACCGCAAUGGCCACACGAAGCAACACCAGGAAAUGUAAGCGAUGUGCGUGCAUGGACAGGUCGUGUGCGUUUCACAGAUACGGUGAUUCGGCAUGUUCAAAAGUCAGUCAAGGGAUUCUCAGCACAGAAACUACAUGGUCUCAAGGAAGCGAAGAUGUUUGGGGAUGUUUGUGUGUUUGAGAUUGCUGCGUUUGGGUCUGGUCAGCGCAAGUUUGGCAAUUCCCCAGAGACUGAGCCGGGCAACAAGCGUAUCUUGGCGAAGCACUAUUUUAUGCGGUCAUGGGAGAAGUAGCCAGGAUUCAGUAGCUGUAAUCUGUACGAUAUGCACCCAAUCUGGCCCCAUGA